UAUCCCAAAUUUGCCAUUGCAAAAUAACAGAACAAGAAUGGUAAUCGUUGGACGAAUGGUUCAACAUACAACUCAUCCAUCGUCACUUAUGCUGAUACAUAAGCAGUCCGAUAGAAAGCAAUGCAAGAGAAACUACUGCUUUUAUGAAACCCUGAAGAUGGCUUUUUUUCUGGGAGGAAAGCUUCUGCAAACGAAUGGGAGGGUAAAACAACAGCCGCAAAAUGUUGAGUAGAGCGGGAUAGCAAAAUGAAAGUGGGACCCGCUCCCGGUUCCCGAUCGGGAUGCUGGGUCUUCUGAUGAUCAUUUCGGUGCAAGUUCUGGUCCACACAAGAUCGUUUCAAGACGACGGUCCGACUUAAUUAAUCCCCUGAAUAGUAGAAAGUUUUCCUUGCGAUGUGCAAAUACACAAACGGGUUGUUUUGGAUUACAGUGUUUAUAGCAAUCACAUUGGUCGGUGGUUCACCGGUGCUGACUUAUGAUGAUGACUACGAUAGUGCUGAGGACGACUACGAUGUAGUCUUCGAUCAGCGUCAGAAUGGAACGGAGAAUGUACGCGUGUCCGUUGAUGGGAUUGUGAUUGCCGUUCCCGCGCCACCGGCUCAAUCAGACAUCAGUACGCUGGCAGGAGCAGCGUUUUUAGAGGUACUAAAUGCACAGUUGGCCACUUUGGACAAUGAUAGCUCGGAUGAAGAAACUAAUGUUCCAAGUAGUACAACAACGACCACCACCACGACGACUACGACAUCCGCUCCCCUAACCUACCAGGAUCAGUUGAUCCCGGUGAACCUGUUGGGACAAAGUUUGUCAUUUCUUUUCAAUAAAGGAGCUGAAAUACCGAUCAAGUUCGCAUCUCAACUCAGUCCUUUAAGAGUCAGUAAGCCUACACUGAUGCUAAUUGGGAAAGACGAAGAUGAUAGUCACGAUACCACGGGCGAGGACGAAACGGAACCUGAGGGUGAAUCUCAGAAAAAAGAUUCAAAACACAAGCGGAGGUACAAACUUAAAAUGGCCAGCCUACUGAAACCUUUACUGCAAAAAUCGUACGCGGGUUAAUUGAUUCUGACUGAUAACUUAUUGUGAUAGAUUUAAUCCAUUGAAAUUUGAAAUAUUUUGCCAUGUGAUCAAAAAUUAACAAAUACAAAUGAAAACAAUAAUUAAAA